AUGGUCCCACCAGCUCACCUCUUCUGUUCUUCGUCGCUCUGGGCUUCGGUGUCGUCUUCACGAAUUUAUGGUACACAUGCUUACUCGCUUGUCUUUGUUGUCUCGCCUUCUGACCCCUGCCUCAGGAUCAUUGUCGGCGUCAAGUACUGUUUCCGCUACAAUCAGCGUAAUCGUCAGCGCGCCCUCGGCGAAGAUGGCCAGCCCAUCGAUCUUAUGGCCAUGCCUCGCCCUCACAGACGUCGCAGAGACAAGAAGCUCAUGACCAUGGACGACGUCAAUGAGCGCUUCCCCCUCACAAAGUACAAGAUCUGGAGAGCCUCGCGCGAGGCCCAUGGACUGCCUGCUGCUGGUGGUGUCAGUGCCGCUCCGAGUCGCGCUCCCAGCGUUCGACAAUCUGCCGAAUUGCACGAGUCGCCUCAAUCUCCCCGCACUACUCUCGAAAUGGCUCAACAGCACCAUGCCAUCGCCAUCACCGCCGCCCCGUCGACCGCUGUCCCCACUACUUAUGACAAGGUCCCUCUGGAGAAGACUCACACCGUUGCAUCCUCCAUACACGAACAAGACCACGAGUCUGACGACGAAGACGACCCCAUUCGUACUGCUGCGCCGCCCGAGAUGGUUGCGCCGCCUGGAGACACAUGCGCCAUUUGUCUCGAUAACCUCGAAGAUGAUGACGAUGUUCGUGGCCUGACUUGUGGCCACGCUUUCCAUGCUGCCUGUCUCGACCCUUGGCUCACUUGUCGUCGCGCUUGCUGCCCAUUGUGCAAGGCCGACUACUAUGUUGCAAAGCCUCGUGCCGCAGACGACGCUGAUGAUACUGGCCGCAGAGAGCGCGGUAUGCGUUUGCCUGCAAGCCCUGCCGCUGUCUGGAUGGGUGCUCGUAGGUCAGGUAACGCCGGCAGGCGGCGCAUGAUGCUAGGUGGUCCAAGAUUCUUGGUUGCUGAAUCACAUACCGAUCAGCAUGGCUUCCCACAAGUCGGUCCCAGUACAGACUAUCGACAAGGGACCCAAGGCGGUUGGCUCAGCAGACUACCUCGUAUUUCCAACCCUCUUCGACGUGGAAACCAUGCGGUGCAGGGCGACACGACAACCACAACGCCAGGCGAUCUCGAAGCUGGAACUUCGAGAUAG